AAAAUCUGCUAUUAAAUAAUCUGCAGAUAGUGUAUGUACUUUACCCCAGUACUCUACAAACCCCACACGGCAGCUAUCGUGCUACUUUUUAUGUUACCCACACAUUCUUUACUUAACUUUGGUUCUGAGAAAGUAGACAGAAAGUAGGAAGAGGGCGGGGCAAGGAAGACGAGCACUCCUGCAAGUGUGUUAUCCGCGCUUCCAUGCCUCGCGUGUGUGUGUGUUUGUGAAGCGGCGUUCUCUCACUGGGGUGAAACGUCCAGGUGCGCUUCCCCGUCUGCCGUGAAAACUCCUGAAGUCCGUACAAUGGAUUAUAUCUGAGUGUACCUUCAUUUAAAAGAAGUAAACAGAAGAUGUUCGGGAAACAAGCCGGUUAAAGUGAACGUAAAGACUUACGGUGUCUGAUGACUUUGACCUUUUGUCACACCCCUCAUUCCUCAUUUUCUGUUUCAAAUGCCACUUUUCUCCUCUUGUCUUCCCUCUAUAUGGCUCUUGGGUUGGGGGUCCUAAUCUUUCUCCCCAUGAACUAACCUAUCCCUCAAACCCCUCGUUUUUUCUUCUUCUUUCUUCUUUUUAUUUCCUGUUUCUCUCUCUUCUCUCCUGUCAUGUCUGUAUCCAUGAGGAACCAAGUCCAGCGCCGGCGCUCCAUGGGUCCUGUUUCGCCCAAACGCCUCUAUAGAAACCUGUCCGUCCGACUGAGGGGCGGAGAGUCGUCUGUUGGGACGGAAUUGGACACUACCAAACACUUCAGCAAGUCUGCAGAUUCUUACAAGACCCUGUGGGAAGCGGUGGAAAAUGAGGACACUUUGGCCGUACAAUGCCUGCUGUCCAGAGACCACAACCAUGCUGCAGGAGGAGGAGGGGGGGGAGGAGGAGGGAGUCUGUGGGAGAGAGGGGAGAAGAAGGAGAAGGACUGGGAGAGAGAGAGGGAGAGGGGGGUGAACAGGGUGAGCGAACAGGGCCUGGUCCCCCUGGACGUCGCUGCCCUCACCCACAAUUCCCCUCUGCUCCAUGUGUUGACGACGGGAGCCCGACAUAACCCUACAUUGUGCCGACCGGCAGACUGGGGAUUCAAGCUGGACGCUCUGGUGGCACUGGCGGGUAAACGGGUGGAGGAGAAGCAGAAUGAGUUAUCGAGGAAGGCGGGGGCAGGGCCUCAGGCUCAGGCUGACGUCCAGAGACAAGUCCGCCUCUGGAGCCUCCGGCUGCAGCUGUACUGCCGGAUGAGACAGAACUUCCACAACACAGAUCUCCCCGGGCCUCCCAGUCACGUGUCCAUACUGGUGACCAGCACCUCCUCCCUGUUCGUGACCAUCAAAGAGCCAGAAGGAGACACCGUGGGGCUCAUCACCCGCUACAGAUUGGAAUGGAGCUCCGGUGCCAGCUUCAAACGCAUCCUCGGAUCAAACCAAGUUACAGAGACCAAGAACCCAACCUAUAGUAUCAAGGGGCUCACAGCAGGAGUGCAUUACUUUGUGAGAGUGAGUGCCUACAAUGUGAAGGGAUGGGGUCCGCCUCAGUGCUCCACUCCAGUCAGCGCUGCCCCCUCCAGUUGGAGAGAGUGCAUCGGCGUGAAGUCGCAGUUCAGAAAUCAUGAGGGCCUCGUGAGGAAACUGCUGGAAGACGCCAGAGAACCGCAUUACAGAGAAUUCUGCCUCGAGACCUCUAAGCCCCUGAAUCCCAGCAAGCGCCUGUUUGUGUCUCGGGGCAUCAAGCAACUGUUCCAGUCCGCCACCAAGUUUGUCCGUCUCCUGCAGAGGGGCGUGUACCUGGCGACCGUUUUCUACCACAAGGACAACAUCCUGGUGACGGCGGAAGAUCAAAUCCCACUGGUAGAGAUCAAGUGCUGCAGCACCUCCAUCACCCAGGACUUCCUCUGGUUUGCAAAGUUAUCCUGUGCAUGGCAGCAGGUGCCGUCGAUGCAGCAGGCCCUCGCCUUCGCCCAUUCCUCCCCCUCCUCCCUCCUCCAGAACAGGCACAACAUCCUAAGAGCCGUUUCCCAGCUGCAGACUUCUCUGGGGACGAUGGACCUGGGCCAGGUUUAUUAUGAGGCCCUGAAAGACCGACAGGGCAACGUCUUACUCGUGACCCUGAAGGAGUUUCCAAACCCUCCGAGCCCUCGUGACCCCCCGCUCCACUGGAUCCCUCUGGCCCGCCUGGAGAAGAACCGCAGCAGAACCCCGCUGCUGCCGGAGCCCACCGCCAUGGACAUGCUGUAUGAGCUGCUCAAAGAGAAGAUCUCCCUCCACAGGCACAGUGUUCAGUGGGCCAAGCCGGGUCUGUACGUGGGGAUCCUGAAGCUGUGCAGCUCCGUGGAACAGAUCCGGGUUCUGGUUCCAUCGAGACUGCCCAACCUGCUGUGCCACACACGGGUCAGACACAACGCCCACGUCUCCAGAGAGGAGUGGGAAUGGCUGCAGAGUCACGUUUACACCACGGCCAACUGCAGCUCUCCGGAUAUCCUGAGCGAGGAAGAGCAGAGCGCCAUGGAGAGCAGCGGGCUGGCCGAGUUCGUCAUGUCUCUGAGAGCCGCCAUCACACACCUGCUGACCAAGCUCAACAUCCCCCUCUACAGGGCGUAUCAGUAUGGUGUGUACACCCGGGAGCUGCUGCAGUUUGGAGAAAAGCUGUCCAUGCUGCUGCUGCUGCCGCCCAGCGAGGACUUCAGCUCCAGCUACUGGCCUCUGGUGGGCACCAAGGAGCCGGGCCUCACCAUGCCGCUGCAGAUCUUUGAGCUGGUUCACUUCUGGACGUAUGAGCGGGACUUCCUGUCUCAGUACUGCCAGACGUGGGUGAGACUGGAGCUGGACUCGCACCUGGCCCAGCAGGCUCUGAGGGAGGCGCUCGACACCAAGGAGGUGCAGGAGGCCCGGGAGAGACUCAACCACAUCACUGAGCUGUCGCAUCGUCUGGAUGUGGUGUGGAGGGACGCCCGCUGGAUCAUGGACUGUCUGCAGUGCGUUCGCUCGAAGCAGUGGGUCGGGGCGGUGCCUCUGGGCCUGGUGAUGGGAGGAGACCCGCCUCCACGUCCUGACGGAGAGGAGGAGGAGGAGAGUUUGACCGCCAGACUGACCUGGCCCCAUCGGCUACAAGCACAGAGAGCCAUCGCAGAGUGUUUGGUCAACGUGGCGCCACCAAACGUCGUCCCCGUGGCGAUCGCCGCUCCCUCGGGGAUCAUGGUCAUCCCGGCAGAAGCCACGCUGUUGAUGGAGGGCGUUGCAAAGGGCGGAUACCCUGUGGACAUCACUGCCCAAUCCACCUUAGACCUGACAAGCAUCGCCGGCCACUCAGAGUUAGAGUGUGCGACCGCUUUGAUCGAAUCCGGGCUGGAGCCUGGCGCUGUAGCUCAGUUGGACGUCGGCUACUCGGUUAUGGAAACCCAGGAGUCGUACUCCGGGGAACCGGACUUCCCUUGCAGCAUCACAGAGGUGAUCCGGCCGAUGGAGAUGGCAGAGCUGGUGGACAUCUUGCCCACGCUGAGUCUCAUAAAGGAGGAGGAGCUGCCCUGCGACCCGGCCACUCUGUCAGUCAUGGACAUGCUGGAGAGCUUUGGGCUGGGGAUCGGUCAGAGCAGCUUCUUCGACGUAGAGAACUCAAACCUGAUCAGCGAGGCCGAGCUGCAGAAUGAAAGCAGCAUCAGUAACGUAGAGACACACUUUGAGAAUACAGACGUGUUGUCCUUUCAUGCAACAGGUGGCGACGUGUUGAGCUCGGAGGCUGAAAUUCCCAGCAAGGUAGCAUGCUUUCCAUUGAGGAACCAGGUGGAGUGGGACAGACCUGCAGAAGGUUCCUCCUGAUGGCGACUCAAGCACCUGCCCACACCCACCUAAAAACCAACCAGUAGGCUGCCUGUAGCAGAGAGGAUUUACAGACAGGAAGUCUUUAGUUAAGACCUUUUCUUUUUUUUGAGUUGUAAAUUACUUGCUGGGGUAGACAGUGCACCAUUGGACAAAUCAUUUUAUAAUUACCUUUGAGCAAUAUUAUAGUUCAGUAGUUCUGAUCAAAUCUAGCGUAUGACGGGAAAAUUGGCCAAUCACAAGUCCUUUUUUUGAGAGGGGGCAUUCCUAUUGGCUGUUCUGGAAAUGCAGAUCCUGAUACAAUGGAGGAAAUCCUGCAGAAAAAGUUGUCAUUACAGCUUCGGCAACAAAGGAAAUCCCUAUUAGACUUUGAAAUUGGCUUUGAAAUGUUCCUCAGAAACCAGGGUUCAAUUGCACAGUUAAAGCUGGGGUAGGAAGUUUUUCUUUAUGUCAUUGGAAAAAUUCCAUAAUUACCUUGAAGGGUGAACAUCUCUUCAGCUUGGGUUAACCACAGACCUUAUUUCAGGCCUUUAACCAUAAAUACAUCGAGAAAAACAUCAACUUUGAGACAAUCGAACCGUAAAUGCUAAUAUGCUAACUCGUGUCAGGGUUCAGGACUCAUUCCUGCACCAUUCAAGCACACAAGUUACAACUGUACUGGGAUCACAACCAAGAUCGGGACCAUUUUUACGGACACAGGUCUACCGCAGCUUUGAUACUAACCACUGUGAAGAACAAUUCAAGUGAAAUCUACAUCAACUAACACACGAUUUCUGAUGUUUGCACAUUUCUAGACCUUAUGUUCAUCUGUUUUAAUGUUCAGUAUAUUCAUUUUAUGGUGCAAAACUAAGAUAUAGAAUAUGUUUUUUUAAUGAGGUGAAACUCCAUUACCCACUACAGCACCGAGCAACUCUGCUGCGCAAUGGAUCCAGUAAACAAACUCAUUAAAGGCCAUAAUAUUUUGUAGUAUGGAAGGAAAUAGAAAGUGUUGUAAGCUGUAUGUGUUAUUGAAUGGUGUUUUUUUUGGGUUUACUUAAGUGCAGUUGUAUUGUUAAAUAUGAUGAGGAAAUAUAUGCAAUUCAUGUGACUGCUGCGAGGCAACCUCACUCAAGAUGUCAAGGAUGUAGAGGAUGAAUACAGGUAUUUUCACACAUGGUCUUUCACCACAGAGGCCAAUUCUAAAGAAGGUUUUUGAAAAGUACUUCUCCGUUAUUCGCCCGUUAUGUAACAGAGAAAACAUGUUCUCUGGGUCUCAAUCUGUUCAGGAACAUGCAAGCCAUUCACAAGUACACACUCAGUCUUUGCAUUGAAAGGGUUUUAGAGUUGAUAUAUUGUGGAAAAACUCAGUGUCUGUGUACAAUUAUUCGGUUACUGACUUUAUCAGAAGGGAGAAUUAAAGACAUGCAAUAAAACGGAAGGUUUGGUGGUUAAAAGACUCUGGAAAUGUAGGAUUUCUGUGGCAAGUGAGGUGGUUUUCUGUGUGUAACCUCUAUUAGUGAUGUAUCAAGGCAUCCUGAAAAUAAAAUGAUGGAAUACGGCUGAAAAGAACAAAAUGGCUUUUCAAAGUAAAAAUAAAACGGCAACAAUUUUAAGCAUUUUUAAUUUUAUUUAGGAGGGAUUGUUUUUGUCACAUUUAAACAUCAUGAACGGUCGUUAUGUAUUAAAAUGUUGAAACUA